CGACGAUGGCAGUCACCAGAUCCAAAAAGAGUGGAUCUAACUCUGAUACGAUGGCCGGAAAAACAGAUGCCAAGGCCGACGUCGGCGCACCAGCUCAAUUGAGUCAAUCGAGCAGAAAGGGUAAGCGGGCAUGGAGGAAGAACAUCGACAUACAACCUAUUGAGCGGGGUAUGGAGAGCCUAAGAAAAGAGGAGAGGAUUAUCGGGACAACACUGCAGCACCAGUCGGAUGACCAGCUUUUCACAAUCGACGUUAAAGGCGACGAUAAAACGCGCAGAUCUCUCCCUCGUUUCUCAAAAGCGGACCUCACAUCCACAAAAAUCAUCGCUCAGCGCUCCGCCGUGCCCGCCGUGCACACCCGCACCACCUCAUCCGCAUCCUCGACCCAAUCGAAACCAAAGAUCAGCGGAACUGACAAGACUCGUCUCUUACGAAUGACACGACGGAUGGCCCGUGGUCCGUUCAACGCCGUGAUGGACCCCACGGAGCUCGGCGCGGGGAGCGCGAUGGUGGAUGUCACGCACGCUGUCAAGGCGAGUGGGAGUUACGAUGCAUGGGCCAUGGAGGAGGAUGUGGACGAAGACGAGGAAGACGAGACACUGAAAAGGCCUCAAAUCAAGAAGCGGCCGGACAACCGCCAUCCACGGGAGCUCAUCGAGGCACCCGCUGUAGCUAAACCUCAUCAGGGUGCCUCGUAUAACCCCCCUGUUGCCGCUCACGAGGAGCUUAUUCUCAAGGCAUACGAGUCUGAACGGCAGAAAGAGGUUGAGGCGCAAAAGUUUGCAGGCGUCAAGGAGCAGAUCAUCGGUGCUCGGAAGGCACUGGAUGUCUUGGCUGGAGAGGACGGAAUCCCGGAGGGUAUGGUUUUGGACGAGAUUGCAGACGACGGCAGCGAGGAGGUGGAGGACGCGGACGUGUUGGCUCAGCGUGCCCCAUCCCGGAAAACAAAACAACAGCGGGCGAAGGCUGCGCGGCUGAAAGCGGAGAAACAUGCUCUCGCCGAACGUGCUUUACGGAAGCGCCUCCUCGGCAGCGUCAGCCAAGCGCGGUCAUUCAGAAAAGAAGCAGACCGUUCUGCGGAGACUCGCGAGCAAGCGAGGCUGGCCCGGCUAUUCGCACAAAAUGCUAAGCUAAAGCAGGGUUUGGCUGGCCAGAAGAUCGGGAAACACAAGGUCCCUAACAGCAGAGUUGAUGUUCAAUUAGGGGAGGAUCUGAGCGAAAGUUUCCGCGCGCUCAAGCCUGAAGGUAACCUGUUCCGUGAUCGGUUUGACAGCCUACAGCAACGUGCGCUCGUUGAACCCCAUGCUCUUGCCACAUCCGCGCCCAACAGACGGAAGACAAAGGAGUACGAAAAGCAUGCAUACAAGAGAUUUGUGUAGUAUAGCAGGCAUAUGUAUCUGGAUUUCUUUCUCGGUCGCAUGCAUGAA